UUCAGGUACGAAGGAAGCCAGAUCCCCUGACAGCUACCCAAACCUUUCCUCAGAUGCUGAAUUCCUAUAGCAUACAGCUUCCACCAUUUCGCUGUAUCUAAGCGGUUCACGACGGCCUUCGAGCAUCCUAUUAUUUGAGCAAUUGACUGAGCUCUUCCGCAAUCGAGGGGCUAUGUCCGUAAUCCGUUCGCAGCACUCAGCAUAUCCUCUUUGGCGCAGGCAAGGUCGACGAUAAAUCCAUGUGCUCGCAAGGACAUCUGAAUGUCUGGCAUCCACUGAGGGGAUUGGCGUACCGGAUAUCAACGUCACUCAGCCAUGAACGGGGACUCGAGUCUUGUUGUAACUCUGGUGGACAGGUUAACAACAAGGCUACCCCAUCGCACCGGCUCCCCAUCCAACGAUUUCAACCGCGAUGAGGUUGUUGUGCUUACUCGGGCGACGAUAGUGGGUGUUAGUACGUCCUGCAUUGGGCUCGUUGUCGAAACAUUGGUGCAGUUACUCGAGGAACUUUCCAGGCCGUAUAAAGGGAUUCAAAGCCAUCCGCUGCAUAUUCUCUAUUCCGAAUUGUAUGUGCUGGAGCUUUUGGCUGAAUGUUGUUCAACGCAUUGGGCGAGCGUGAACACGUCCCCACGUUCCACAGAGGAUGCCCAUGUUUCUGAUUCGGACAGCUCGGAUUCUGAAGAUGGCUCGAAGGCUAUACCUCCUCCUAAAAACGGAUCUGACCGUUCCGGGAGGGCACUGCCGAAUAAACUUGUCGCACGGGAUGUGCCCCCGGAAGCCCUGGACGACAAGCUGGUCAGAAGGUUGCUAGAAGCUGUCAAGCUAUUUCUGGGACCUCUCUCUGAUAACUAUGUACUUCCUACAACUCACAUUCUGGAUGACGUGUUCAAAGUUGUCGGUCCAGCCGACAGCCCCCCUUUACCGGAAAGCACAGCGGCUGUAAAUGGACAUCUCAAUGGAACCGAGGUCUCUAACUUGCUGCUCGAAAGUUCUGAAGCCAUUGAGGCCUACACUCGAGGCAUCGUGGAAUAUGUCUCAUUUUCAAACUGGCCUCGGGCACUCGAAUACUUCAAGUCUUCUCUGAGAGCAGCUCAUCCCACUACUGGAACCGCUUCCCAGAACACUGUUACACCCGAGGACGACAAGAGUGCACUUGUUACCCUUCGCUUGGUAUCAUAUUUCUGGGUUGACAGUCGCAAGUUGAGUAUUGUCAUCCAGGAGCUCUGUGGUAGCUUCUUGCACCUUCGCAAGACCUUUCAAUCUACCGUGGCAGUAGUGUUGCCCUCCUUGAUUACGAGGUGGCUUGAACGAAACCCGGAAGAAUUUGUCAAGCUACAUACCAUGCAUAAACGGCUGGACGGUGGUGCAGAAACUCUCUUCGACAUGUCGAAUACUUUGUUUGAUGGUGGAAAACGAAAGUCUCUGGUUUUCCCUUUCCAGACGUCUCUACUAUUCCUCCUUCCUGACGUCUUUGAGGUUGCAAGUAAUAUGCGGGAUAUCAAGAGCAAUAGUAUUUCGAAGAAAGUGUCAUUCCUGGAAAUGCUGAGGAAGUCCUUGAGAAACAGAAACGAGACAGCCAUCUACUGCUUGACCUCCCUUCUGAGAGUCGCCAGACAUUUCAAACUUGACAGUGAUGCCGCACUCCUCAGCUACGCGUUAGACGUCCAGGAGGAAGUUCGAGAAGCGGUUUUCCGCAAACAUACCGUGGGAAUGGAGAAUGGAGCCAUUGACGGCGGCUUGAUGACGGCGGCAUUUGUCAGUCUGGCCCAUCUUAAUUUCGAAACUACGGUGGAUAAUCUGGCCUCAUUCUGUCUUGCACCGAAUUCCCCCCAGGACUUCAAGAUUGCCGUUAUAUCCGCAUGCUCCCACUUUGCCAGGCAAUCAAAGUCCGAAGAUUAUCAGCCACUGUUUGCCAGAGUGGCUGACUUCGUUCGAUCACAAUUAAAGGGGAAACCUUCAAAGACAGGAGAAUCAUCUGACGAGCAAUAUACUGUUCUCAAACCUGUAGAAGUCCCUCCAUCUCCAGACAUGAUAUACAGCAUCCUGGUCUUCCUGGAUGCAUCUCCUCUCACAAUAUUCACCGGUGCACAAGAAAUGAAUCCCGGGUUGAUUCAAUAUUUCGACGCUGUAGUCGCAUCCUUCAUGGGCUUUUUGGUCACGGAUGAUGAACGUAUUAGGUAUCUAACGAAUAGAGUCGCAUGCAAGCUUCUGAACCAUGGGUCCGUCGCCCUGUGGCGCAGAAGUCAAACCCUUGGGCCUCAGACCUUGAAGAAUGGCUUCUGGAAAUCAACGUCCAUUAUACUAACUACUGUAUCCGAAAAGCUCCUCGAUGUUAGUGAUGACGAGACAGUUACUCUCAACUUUAUUCAUGAUUACUUAAAGUCACGCACGACGCUCCUGAAGACUAUUGAGGAACUGGCAGAGUUUGAUGAGGAAGUCCCUGAACGGGCAGUCGCAUCUACAAAGCUAGAGACUGCGUUUCUUGUAAGCCUCUGCUCGACUGAUAUAUCAACGUGCAAGCUCGUCACCAAGUGUAUAUCUCUGUUCUGUGAAGAAACAGUCCUUAUUGAAAGGGCAGCUGGCUCGGAAAAGUUAUUGAUGUCGACACUCCGAAACGGGGAUGUCUAUUCUGAGAUCUCUGCAAGAGAAUUUCGGUUCACUGGAUUGGUAGCUUUUCAAAAGCGCGUUCGAGGCCUUUUGAGACGGAUGCAACACCCAACGGCAGGAAUUCUGACCGCCUGGGAAAUCGUCUUUGAUAAGUGGCUCAAAUUGUCAAAGCAGAUUUUCUCACGCCCAACGGAAAUGCUCGAAGAAAAUUCCUUGGUUCAAUGGCGUAACUAUUCUGGCUUCCUUGCUUCCCUCGGUGGUACCUGCAUAUCUAGUCAGGCUCUUGCGCCCGAGGAGUCAGGGCUAGCCGGGCUCAGAUGGAUCGAUAGGGUUUCGCCGGAAGGUUUCGAUGAUACUCUUUUGAGUAGAUAUUUGAAACAAAGCAUUCAGUUAUUGGCCAGCAAUAAUGUCAGGAUACGCGAAGCAACAAGAGAAACUCUCUCCACGGAGCUUUCCUCGUCACUAUAUUUGCCCUUGUUCGAAACGCUUGAAUCAGAACUUGGAGUAUUGUUCGACAGUCCGCGAACGAAUUCAUCACUAUCUAUAGAGACUCGUAUCAUAUUUGCCGAACAGGCCGCAGCACUGUUAAAGAGUAUCGUGGAAAGACUUGGGGGGCCAACGGAAAUCGGUGCCGCAUUGUCUAUUGACAUUGGGGUGUUGACCUUGAAUUUCGCCAGGUUUUUGGAUGAUUUAGCUGACGGACCGAGCAUAUUGCGAGUCAAGAUCAAGAUUUGUCAGUUGUGCGAAACAGUCACACAAAAGAAGAACCUGUUGAAUCUCCGGCAUGAUGUUCGCAUUCGGAACCAACUGUUAGAGAUCAUAUUUUCUUGGGUUGCUCGUCCGGGUUCCCCAAAGGUUGACACAGUACUUUCAAUAGGCGGGCGUGUUGAUGAGCUCCUGCGGCUCCAAAGAGACCUGGAUAAAGCGUGCCUCAAAGCUCUCGCAGAUCUAACGUAUCGGCUACCACUACAACCUGCUGAAGGCCAGACUGAUGCCGAUACGAGCGAUCUCAAAUCCCAGAUGUUCCACACAUAUUUUAACAGAUUCCUCUCUUUGCUUAAUUAUGAGAGCACAGAAAUUAGCAGGAAUGAGAUGCGAAUAGCCCCGACUGGAAACGAAGAGGCAAUGACCACCCCCGAACUUGCUAUCACUGCCCUAUCAAAUCUUUUGAGCGCCAACAUUGAUGUAGGUCUCAAGCACUCAUUAGGAAUUGGGUAUCAUGAAGACCUUGAUAUACGGACUGCUUUUGUGAAAGUCCUGUGCAACAUUUUGAUCCAGGGAACAGAGUUCAACAACCUUUCAGACGCUGCAGUGAAUGAAAAAUAUAAUGAGCUCCUCGAGCUCCUUAUCGAUGAUAUGGAUUUAACCAUUGCCCUCUGCGAUGCAUGCCCAAGUACCGAAGUGGACGAAAUGACAAUAUCUUUGCUCAAUAUAUUUGAUUCCAGAGGACUUGGGUUUGCAUUACUCGAGGCUCUUAUCGAGCAUGAAGUCGAUGAAACCGAAAAUGAAGCUGAACUUCUGCGGAGAAAUUGUGUGGCUACCAAGAUGCUAUCAGUCUAUGCCAAAUGGAAGGGGGCGGCGUAUCUUAAAACAACGCUGCAAACUGUACUGGAACGCCUUGUAUUGACUUCGAAAGAUCUCGAUCUCGAACUCGAUCCUGCACGCACCUCCGCCGAGGAACUUCAGAAAAAUGCACUUCAACUUCGAGUUGUCACAAAAGUCUUUAUUGACGAUAUCUGUAAUUCUGCCUCACAUAUACCCGUCUCAUUUAGGAAGAUUUGCUAUAUCAUCUCUUCUGCUGUGAUGAAGCGUUUUCCGGAAGCCAAGUUCACUGCUGUGGGGUCGUUCAUAUUUCUACGUUUCUUUUGCCCGGCUAUCGUGGCUCCAGACUCAGAAGGCUUGAUAUCUUCAGCUCCCUCCAAGGAGAUGCGGCGCGGCCUCCUGCUUAUAGCGAAGGUUGUCCAAAACCUAGCUAAUAAUGUGCUUUUCGGGGCAAAGGAACCAUACAUGUUUCCUCUUAACGAUUUUCUUACUCAGAACAUAUACUAUGUUACAACGUUUUUGAGGGAGAUUUCUGCACCGCCGAAUGUCCCCGAUCCUGUUGUCGAGACCGAAUGUUUUGAUUUUGGUUCAUGUGUUGCAUUGCAUCGUUUCUUGUACGACCACUGCGACCAUGUUCGACAAAAGCUUGUUCUACGGGAAAGGAAAGGCUCGCUACGCUCGCCCCUCGAAAUCAGCAAAGGAGAGAUACCAAUUCUAGAAGCUCUUCGCAAGCUCAUCAGUAAUCUAGGCCCGCCUCCAAUGGAUGUGUCUUGGAAUCGUCCUGCCAUUUCGUCAAAUAGCCCACCAUCAUAUUCAAGGUUCCAACAUUUUAUGCUCCGGAAUGCGGGUAGAAACACCGAGUCUCUUGUUUCCACACGUGCUGUGUACGACGGAGGUGAAAGCAAGGAUGGAUUGCCAAUGAUCUGCAUCAUACUCCGUAACAUCGAUAUCGAAACGGCGGAUUACGAUCUUCUUUUAUUCGGCUAUUUGAAGAUUGCAAGCCGUAUGUGGCACCGACCAUUUGGCAUAUUGAUUGAUGCAACGUGUUACGUCGGACAAAAUGAACCCCAGGAUGCUGUGUUCCGCAAAUUAGAUCUUCUCACUCCUACCGAAUUGUCAAAACAGCUGUCGCGGGUAUACGUAUAUAAUAUGAACAGUGCUUUUAGGAAAUACUUCCGACGUGUAUUGCGGCUAUCUGCGAAAAGUGAAAACAGUGCAUUCCAUCCAAAAAAUGUGGACUACCACUUGAUUGGUAACUUGCAAGAUCUUCAGGCCCAUUUUCAUCUUAGCCAAUUACACCUACCCAAGGAGACAAUCAGUGUCGUUACAGAUACGAGGUAUCAAUUCCAACCGAUCAUCCGACUCUCUAAGACCAAAGGAAAGAUAGAGGUCAUAAUCAAAGUUGGGAGUCAAUUCGUGCAAAUCACAACAAUGAAGAAGCAAGAGGUCGUGCCUGGCUUGAGGCUGCAUGCCACAGUCAAUGAUAUCUUCCGCCUCUCCGAGGUCGAUGAAGCGCCCACGUCUAUACAGACGGAGGAUGAUUCGGCAUUUGGUCUACGCACAGAGAGUGGGAAGAUUGUGAUGUACUUUACGAGCCCAAGGAAGCCCGAUGUCCUUCAAGCCAUCCGUAGCGCGAAGGCUAAGUAUGGCAAAGAGCUAAGGACCCUUAAGUCUUUCGAGAGACUUGUCCGGCCACAAGACGUUCCUGGAACGCUUCUCAACAUUGCUCUGACCAAUAUGGCAAGCUCUGACCAGGUUCUACGACUCGCUUCAUACAACCUGUUGUGUGCGCUCUGUCGUGCAUUUAAGUUCGCCGCAGACUCGAAGUUUAUGAGCGCGAAAGAAUUGUGUGUUCCAUUAAAUCCGUCAAGUUUCAUCGUUGACAUAAGUCAACAACUUGCUCAAUCUGAGCCACAACUCACAGCGGAUUUCCUGAAUGAGUUUUUUGUGGGGUGGGAGAGUUUCCCAUACUCACAGCGACCAUUGAGUCUCGCAUACAUGGCACCGUGGCUGCCAAGUCUGAGAACGACGCUCAUCACAACCGAAUCAGACAGUGACAAAGGAAGAGAAAAAGUUGCUGUAAUCUUUCGAAAGCUCAUCGAAGUUGCAGUAUCUGAUGUUGGUCUAAGUACGACUCUCGAGCAAUGUAUCUGGCCAGUGAUUCGUCGAGAUGAGAUUUUUGUAGACAUCUUCCUGGAAGAAAUAAUCAAGUCUGCAUUGACCUUUGGCGUCGACGACGAACGAACGGAGAUCUUGGGAUCUAUUGUUGCUUCUUUGGGAACCAUCUCCAUCCGCGGAAGGUUACUGUCACGGCUUCGAAAGGCGCUUAAUCGGAGUUCCCUGCGGCCCACAAGGCAGUUGCCCGACAAUACAGUCUGGGGUGAAAUCUGUGUGCUUCUUCGUCUCUGUCUAUCGACGUCUUUUGACAGUGGUGUUCAGUCACAGUUAUUUCUGCCGGAGAUUUUUCAUCUUGUCACCAUGCUCGCAAAUACUGGCCCAUCUGAUGUAAGACUUGCAGUGCAUCGGUUACUUGUCAAUAGUAUUCACGCCAUGUGCACUACGUUUGAAUUAGAAGAAAGCAAGCUUGCGAAGUUGAAGGUCUUACUUCUCUCUCUCUCGGAGCCGCGACAGGAUUCUCUCUUCAGCAUAUCUCCACGAGACGGGAUUCCUCUUCCACCAGUACCAGACACAGGCGUUCCUACCCUGACCGCCACAGAAUCUCUUGCUAUUCUGCUAUCUGAAAUAACCAUAGUUGCGGCCCCAACUGUGGAUUUGUCAAAUGUGUGGCGCUCAAGGUGGAUGAGUCUGGUCGCCAGCACCGCAUUUCAAAGCAAUCCCGCAAUUCAGCCCCGAGCGUUUACCGUGAUGGGAUGCUUAGCACGCGAAGAUGUGGAUGAUGAUCUCCUUUACCAAGUCCUCGUCGCCCUCAGAAACAGCGUUGCUCGUUUUAUGGAGGAUAACGACAGUGAGAUGUUAAUCGCGAUCGUCACAUCUUUGACCAAGAUGAUAAACAAACUUCCAUCAGAUUCGCGUUACGGUUUGCAGCUUUUCUGGCUAGCAAUGUCACUUGUGAGGCUUGUUCCACUGGGGCUGUUCAACUGCACAGCUUUGUUUCUCGAAGCUGUUGUAACAAAUAUCGCUACAUCAGGUGAAUUCAAGGGCGGCCGAAUGGCGUCGGUUUUGCUGCAGGGGAGACUACCUCUGGAAGAUGCAGCUUCACAACUCGAUGAGAUAUACGGCAUACACUUCACCAUCGAGAAUUUCCAUUUUGCAGUCUGUGCUUCCUUGGUUAAGGGUCUCACAGACUCUGUCACCAGGGGGACAGCAAUGCGUGUCUUGUCCAGCUUUCUAGAGACAGCCAGUUCUAGCAUGCCGCAUGGAAUAAAGUUUCCCGAAGAUAUGAGUUGUCUGCCCUACCUCGGGCUUUUAAUGCCUCGAGCAACGACGCCUGAAGAGGCCAAGGAUAGACUUUGGCUUGCUUCAGGCACGGAGGCAACUGAUUAUGAUCCAUCUACCGAGGUUUUGGACAUGAUAGACAUUGGCUUGAUAAAGGAUAAAGAGCUUCUUCUGAACGUGGCUAUCGGAAUUGUCGACUUUCGAUAUCUUGAAGACGUAGUGCAGAACCGGAAUUUACUCUGGCUCAACAGGAUUGCCACAAGGCGGCCUACAGUCAUUCUGCACCUCUGUGGGCCAGUCAUUACGAUCCUUGAUGAUGUUCUCAUCUCUUGUCAAAAUACAGCCACUCUCGAGUCCGCUCAUCAGCUAUUGCGGACAUUGACAUCGAAUCCAAAAUUUUCUGGCGGUGUAGACACCGCGGAGAUGUUGGAGGAUGUCCUUGAUGGCAUUGGAUUUAGUGGCUUAUGGCGCUCGUCGACGUUCCAUGUCUCAAAUGAGCAUAGACGACAAUGCACGACGUUGACUGAUCGGCUUAUUGAGCUUAUCAUUGCGUGAAGAAGUGAGGGAUAAGCUGUUGACGACAAUUUCAAUCCUUUAUGAUUUACGAAUGGCCAUUGAUGAAGUGUGUGACGGAAGCCUGUCUUACCGUUUUAGAUACAUUUCACGAUAGAAUAUACCCUUUUCAUAGAUCGACUUAUCUAGGUUUAUAUUUAUGGCCUUAUAUCCUUCUUCAAACUUGGGAAAUGUAGAUAUCUCUGUGAUACCGUACAUUACCCACCUACAGUACAAGUACCUAGAGGAGAGAGGAGAUAAGUUAGAGUAAAGCAUCCUAUCCUUAGAUUAAAAUUAAGUAUUGGUCAACAAGG